UGGCUCCUUUCCGCUCUCCCCGCUCCUAGGACCGUAGCGCCGGCCCUGGCCUAUGCCAGCCGCGCGGCCGCCUCCGCCGUUUGCAGGCGGCUUCUUUGGGCGCCAAGGCCCCCAGCGGGCCUCUUCGGCCCGGGACCGGCCCCGCCCCGUCUCCGCUGCAGCGGGAGGAGCCCCGGGAGCGCGCUCCGCCGAGCGCGCAGCCCGGUGUCUCGGUGGCGGCCAUGGCGGCGGCCUCGCAGCGGGACCCCGGGGACUGGCAGGAUUUCUCCGGCUUCCAGCCCCCCGCAGGGAGCAGCCCCGAGCCGGCCCGGGACGGGGGCACUUGGGGGGCCGGAGCCCUGGGGGACAAGCUGCUCCUCUGCUUCAAGCCCCCCCCGCCUCGGGACGGCGGCAGCGAGAGCCGGGUCCCGCUGCGGCCCCUCAGCGAGCAGAGCGCCCUACAGGAAGACGAGAUUUGGAAUGCUUUGACUGAUAAUUAUGGUAAUGUAAUGCCAGUUGAUUGGAAGUCCUCCCACACCAGAGCUUUGCAUAUGCCAACACUGAAUCUUUCAGAAAAAGGGUUAAAUGAACAUUUGAACCUUGACCUAUCAGAUGAUGAAGAGCUUCGAGAACAGCUGGAUAUGCACUCUAUCAUAGUUUCCUGCAUCAGUGAUGAACCGCUGUUCACAGCAGAGCAGGUGAUUGAAGAAAUAGAGGAAAUGAUGCAGGAAUCACCUGACCCAGAAGAUGAAGAAACACCCAUGCAGUCAGACCGGCUCUCCAUGCUUUCCCAGGAAAUUCAAACACUCAAGAGAUCCAGUACAAACAACAGUUAUGAAGAGAAAGUACAAAAACUGUCUGUCGCUGAACUAAAUGAACUACUAGAAGAAAUUGAGACUGCCAUUAAGGAUUAUUCUGAGGAGCUGGUACAGCAGUUGGCUCUAAGGGAUGAGCUGGAGUUUGAAAAGGAAGUGAAAAAUAGCUUCAUUUCUGUCCUCAUCGAAGUACAAAACAAACAGAGAGAACACAAAGAAACAGUGAAGAAGAAGAAAAAGCUGAAAAAUGGUAGUCCUCAGAAUGGCAAACAAGAAAGAGGUCAUAUGCCUGGAACACGCUUCAGCAUGGAAGGGAUCUCAAAUGUCAUUCAGAAUGGCUUCCGCCACACGUUUGGAAACUCGGGUGGAGAGAAACAGUACUUAACAACCGUCAUUCCUUAUGAGAAGAAAAGUGGACCCCCCUGUGUUGAAGAUCUACAAACAUUAACCAAAAUCCUUUAUGCUAUGAAAGAGGACAGCGAGAAGGUGCCAAGCUUAUUAACAGACUACAUUUUAAAGGUUCUGUGUCCGACAUGAAAAGUGCUGCUUUACUUCAGAAGUAACCAUGCUCCUUCCUGUGACAAGAAGCUUUCCAGAAAUAGUUCAUAGUAUUUUCUUUUCAUUUGGCACUGUAUCUAAACCUGUAUGUAUUUACUUUCCAUGUCUGUUUGGAUUUUUGGAUCAUACAGUAGGCCUUUUGGGCAUGAUGAUAGAACUUAUGCACUUUUCAUUUGAUGGUGCAAUGUGCUUGAGCAUAGAACAAACAUUGUACAGUUUUACUCACAAGCUUUGGUUUGGCUUUUUAAAAUCUAUUUUACAUUGUGUAACAUAGUAAUCCCUCCCACAUAUUUCAUUGUUGGGGAAAGAAAACUAAACUUUAAAUACUGUAAAUAAAAUAAGCCUAUAAUUUUAACUAAUCUGCAGUAAAACUAAAUAAAUAAACCCUCUGUUCUUAUAUCAAACUUGCAAAAGGGAUCAUAGCCAAGCCUGCACUGAAGAAUUCCAUUGAAGUUCUUUAGUGGACACUCCAAAACCGUGAUAGUGGCAACUGGCACUGAACACUUUUUUUUAAAAGCAGUAACUUAGAUUAUAAACUAUAAUACUGUAUUGUUCAGACACUGAACAAAUGUUCUGAUGCUCUACAGGAAGAAGAAUCCGUGUCUCUGCUCCCUUUACUUGCUACCUGAUUUACAUAAACUUCAAAAUAUUAGAUGAUAAUUCUUCAUCACUCUUAUUUUCUAUUGGUUCUGUUUUUAAUAAUUGUCUAUUGAGACCUGAUAUGUUCCCUCAUUACUGCUAUCAUUUUAGUAUUCAUGUUAAAUAUUGGUCUUAGGAUAAUAUUUUAUAGGCUGCAGUAUGUAAACAAAUAUUUUAAGAUGCUCAGUGUCCUUUAAAUUAUGUGCAGUGUUUGAGAAAUGGUCAUUCUCGUUUCCAAGACAGUUACGUUGAAACUUUCAUUAUUGUGUACUUGUAAGGCAUCCUACAGAUCUGGCUCUUGUAACUCCCCGUCUGUCAUGAUGUUAUACCUGUACCUAGAUGUCACUGAGGGGAACAUAUUUUAUAAAUCACAUUAAAUAUCUUUGCUAGUCUUAGAGCAAGUCCAGUGGUGUGAAAAGAAAAGUAAAUGCCAAUAGAAAGAAAGAAAGUAAUUGUUUUUGUGUUUGAUUCCAUAUUUAUUAUAUAUUUAUACUAUAGAAGCCCCCAGAGCCAGCCACGGUACAAAUACAUAGGAAGAUACAAUCCUGAAGAGCUUAUAAUCAAACAUUUUUCUCAAGAAUUUGCUUCUGUUCCUUUAUCUUAAAAUCUUAGUGAUGAAGAAUCUGUUCUAGAAUAAUUUUCACAAUGUAAUACUUUUAAGAAUCUGCUUAUUAGUAGCAGAUACUAUAUGAGUUCUUCCACUUGAUUAGCAGAGCACAUUAAUUAUGAACAUGGCACUCUGUCACUCAGUAAUGCAGUUUUCCCUCUAGAUUCAGUUACAGUAUUAUAAUUGAACUUCAGUAUUAUGUGUCCAUUGUGCCUGUCUUUUUUUGCAGAAUAUUCAGAACUCAGAAUCUAUAGCCAUUACACCGCUUGGUCAGCAGUGGACAACCUGCUUGAGCAGGAUAAUGGCUAAGUAUUAUUUCACCUGUCAAUGAGAUGCUCCUUCUGAUCUGCUUAAGUGGUUACGUUUCUGUGAAGAGAUUCUUGCCUGUAUUAUUUUUUUUUCUUUAAUAGUUCCUCUAUAAAGAAAAAUAUUGUUUCCUCUGCUGAUAUGUUGUGAAUUCAACAUGGCAUUCCUUGUGUUUUUGUUUGUUUGUUUGUUUUGCUGAAUGUGUUGUUUUUCUGUAGAAUGUUUCAUUUCAACCUAUUGUCUUCUAUUUUUUAACUAAGAAAUAAUCCUAUUCCAUUAUUUCAGUAUGGAAACUGAGAAAUAACAGAUCAGUGGCUUCAAACCUGGUGAGAAUCAUUAUUUAUCUCCAAGCCACCUCUAUUCAAAGGUGCUUCCUGGUGCUGUCUAGUCCUAAAAUGAAUGCCUGACAAUAAGGUUCAGUCUUGCAGGGUAUUGAGCAUUCUGGCCUUGAUCCAGCAAAGAACUUAAGACAAUGAUUUCUGUGGGACUACUUAUGUCCUUACAGUUACACAGGUUUAAGUGGAUCAGGGCAAGAAUGCUCAGCAUCUUGCAGGAUAGAACCCAUUAGUGCUUGGCAUUCCUCUGUGCAUUCAGCGAGACCAACUCCAGGACAGUGCUGCUGUUUUCAAGGAAGAAGUUCUCAAAAACAAUAGAAUUGAAUGGUGGUCCUACUGGGAGUUGUAAUUUUUGGUAGAGCUGAAUUAUCACAUACAGUUCAGACUCAAGUUCCACAUUGCCUCAUCAGUCUCAAAGGCAUGAAGUCCAAUGCAUUGGAGUCAAGGUGCCAGGUAGAUCUUUCAGUAUGCUCCCGGCACGUUAUUCAUCAACAUUCAAAUGCAGGCAAAAUUUCCCUCAAAGCAAAUGUGUAGAUUUGUAUGUAAUGUAGGGAUGUUCAAAUCUAUGUACAUUUAUUAUUAUUUCCAUACUUUUUAAAUUGUUUUAGUUUGGGGGAGGCUUAUGGAAUUUUCCACUGUAUCCAUCACUUUGCCAUUUGUGAUGCCAAGUGUUUGCAGAGUAUCCUAUUUUUAACAUUUUUUUGGGACACUUAAGCUAAAUUACAUUGUAAGCUUUUUUUUUUAACUAAUAUUUUGAUAUUUUUGUAUUGUUUUCUUUCUUUAUUGUAGAAACUGAAACUUUAAUGGAGUUAUUUGUCUGAGAAUUGAGGUGACUGUUUAAUAUAGUAAUGAUUCUUGGGAUUGCAACUACUGGGCUUGUUUUGCUGAGUACAAUAUUGGGAGCCAGGACAGAGAGGUGUGUGCCUUAUCCUGAACCACUGAAGUCAGUGGUUGCAGGAUCAAGCCCUAUGAGCGGGGAAAGCGAAGAGGACUUUCAGCUGGAAAGGCAGGGACAGAGGUGUUUCCUGAGUUACCGCCUUUCUCCUUGGGUGAGAAAGGGAGAUGCAGAGAACCACAAUACUCGACCCAUCUCCUUUACCACAAAAGGGGGAGGUUUCCCCAUUGCUUGACCAUUCUCUGGCCCUCUGCUGAGUUAGGAAUGAGGGGAGAAAUGUCCCCAUGAGCUUUUUCCCUCUUUAAAUAGGUAGAAGAAACAAAUGCUCUCUAGUUUCCCUGUGUUCCCCUACUCCUGGGGUGGGCAAGGGAGGUAAGAGAUGAUAGGUAACGAGGACCGGGGAAGGAUUAGCUAGGAAGAAUGUGUUAGGGAGAAUGGAGGCAGAAUAGGAAAUGCAGGGUGCUAGGAAACAUGGGAGAAGAGGAGAAAAGAAAUGGAACACAGGUAGUUGAAAAAUCAGGAAAGCAUGGGUGGGGGGUAGAGGGGAUUGAAAUAAUAGUCUUAGAAUUUAACACUGUAGGAAAAUAGACAUUGCCAAAAAAGUACAAAGGAUAUACCAAAAUAUACUAUGUAGUCUGAACCUCCUAAAAAUGUCCUUAGCUGUGGAUAAGUUCCUGACAAAAAUUGUCUGCCCUACCAGACUGAAUUGAAUUUUUUUAAAUAUUCUGUAUACAGUGUUGUUGUAGCCAUGUUUGUCCCUGUGUAAGUAUUCUGUGUAAACCUCACCUAUAAAAGCCUGGCACCGAGCAACAAAAGCUGAAAAUGGUUAAUGUGCAUCCAAACCGGUGAAUAAAUUUGCAGCCUGCAA